ACACAAGUUAUUUGCCACCCAACCUGCCAGCGGAACCUUUGUUACUUGUCUAGAGGGGAGGUGUUUCUCUGCAGCACCGCUCUGCUGUUUAUUUCCGGUGCGAGGCGGAAGUGGCAACAAGGGGCUUGUGGAGAGUGUGAAGAUGGGAGCUCACCUGGUCAGACGGUACGUCACCGAGACGGACACCGAGCCGGACCCGAAGAGGAAGUAUGAGAACGACCCUCAGCUGGGCUUCACGGAGAGGAAGGAGAGAGAGAUGGUAGCGAGCCAGGAGCAGAUGAACUUGGCCCAGCUGCCGUUGGAGCAGAGGGACUACUGUGCCCAGCACCUCCUGAAACUCAUGAAGUGCAAGAGGGACAACUGGCCCAACUUUCUGGCCUGCAAGCAUGAGAGACACGACUGGGACUACUGUGAACAUCAGGACUAUGUGAUGCGUAUGAAGGAGUAUGAGAGAGAGAGGAGGCUCCAGCUGAGGAAAAAGAGAAUUGAGGCUCAGGCUGAAGCUGCAUGAUCAGUGCGUCCUCUGAUGCUUCUUCUUCUCUGUAUAUAUGUGCUGUUGUUAACAAUAAACAAUAUUGUUUAAGCUCUACAAAA